GAUGAUUCCUCGCUCUAAUCCUCUAGACACACGCUCGGUCUGGCUGCCUACUGGCUCAGAGAGACAGAGGGAGAGAGACGGAGGCAGGUGGAGGGCGCACACAGAGAGAAACCAAGUGGGAAGGAAAAAAACAAGAUGAAGGGAAGAAAGGAAAGGAGCGCUGCCUCUCGUAAAGCACGCUGACAGAAACAAACAGAGAGAGAGAGAGGCAGGGAGGAACUGGAUAACCCAGCGACUCCGGCACGGUUUCUAGCAGAGGGAAGGAGGAGGAAGAGUGCGAUGCUACAGUGCUGCUCUGCCUGAACCAAAGCAGGAGGGAAGGAAGGAGCAACAGAGAGGAGGAGGAGAAGGAAUCCCUCGAAAAACAGCCUGAAGAGUGGACAGAGAAAGAGGAUGGAGGAGAGGAGAACACGCAGAAACCCCUGGCUGCUCAGGCUCACAUGAGUGUAUGGACCUCUGCCCGUUACUACAAGAUGCUGUCAAAGAACGAGCGUACGAGGGCGGAGUGUUAGUGUGCGAGCGAUGGAUGUCUGUUUGCACAAACUACGGCCGCUCCGCAAAAGUCAGCAGAAGUAGACGAGAGGCUCGGGUCUCUGUCAGAGCAGGUGUGUGCGAGUGUUGGUGUGAGAACAUAGGACACACCAGCUGUUUUAGGAGGUAAACAGAGCCGGGGUAGCCCAGAGGAGAGGAGAAGGAAGACACGUUCACGUGAAGAAGUGCAUGGAAGGCGAAUCGCACACGCGGAGUCAGGAGUCACAGUUAGUGGUGUGAGGAGAGCGUGGCGGACAGCACAUUUAAUAGAAGACACGGAGUUUACAAUGAGGUGUCACUGAGCUUCUCCGGGGUUCCUGACUUCUCUAUACCAAAACAGCCACCUGAAGCCACUCCCUACCUCAACUCAACCUAACAAGUGGACUUGAACACUGAGAGACAAGGACUUGAACCCCAGCUGUCUGGGAAGCCCACCUGAAGUGAGUCAGUCCUGACUUUCUGUGCCCAGUGGAUGCCUCCUGACUCCAACCAUGGGAGAAUGGACCAUCCUAGAGCGCCUCCUGGAGGCCGCUGUGCAGCAGCACUCUACUAUGAUUGGAAGGAUCUUGCUGACUGUUGUUGUCAUCUUCCGUAUUCUGAUUGUGGCCAUCGUCGGAGAGACGGUGUACGAGGAUGAGCAGACUAUGUUCAUCUGUAAUACUUUACAGCCGGGCUGCAACCAAGCUUGCUAUGACAAAGCCUUCCCCAUUUCCCACAUCCGCUACUGGGUCUUCCAGAUCAUACUGGUGUGCACACCCAGCCUCUGCUUUAUCACCUACUCUGUCCAUCAGUCAGCCAAGCAGAGAGACCGGCGCUACUCUUUUCUCUAUCCAAUAAUGGAGAGGGACUACGGCGGAAGGGAUGGGGCUCGGAAGCUCCGCAACAUAAAUGGAAUUCUAGUUCAGCACGGAGGGGAUAGUGGAGGAGGGAAGGAAGAACCUGACUGUCUGGAGGUGAAGGAGAUCCCCAAUGCCCCACGAGGCCUCACGCAUGGGAAGAGCUCCAAGGUUCGCCGUCAAGAAGGGAUCUCCCGCUUUUACAUCAUUCAGGUGGUCUUCAGAAACGCCCUAGAGAUUGGCUUCUUAGCGGGCCAGUACUUCCUUUAUGGCUUCAGCGUGCCUGGGAUUUUCGAGUGCGACCGCUACCCGUGUCUCAAGGAGGUGGAGUGCUACGUGUCCCGGCCCACAGAAAAAACGGUUUUCCUGGUCUUCAUGUUUGCUGUGAGCGGCAUUUGCGUGGUGCUCAAUCUGGCUGAGCUCAAUCAUCUCGGCUGGCGCAAGAUCAAGGCCGCCAUCAGGGGCGUACAGGCCCGCAGGAAGUCUAUCUGUGAAAUCAGGAAGAAGGACAUGGCGCAUCUGUCUCAGCCACCCAACCUGGGACGCACACAGUCCAGCGAAUCGGCCUACGUCUGACGAUGAAGACAGACAACAGAGGGGGAGCGGGAUGAAUGUGCAACAGAGAGAAUGAACGAAUUCUGAUUUUAAUUUAAUGAAGAUGGUGUGGAGGUCAAACAAGAUGACCUCUCCUCUAUGACAGAAUGAAACAGAAUGUAAAAAAAAGACCAAACCUCAGGCUCUGCGGCGCUGAAAGUCAGCAGAGGCUUGAGAAGGAAGAAAUUUAGAGAGGAUCAAAGAGGACAAUAAAUUUCGUUUUGCAAACAUACAUAAUAAAGACAUGCUGAUCUCAUAAGGAGAUAGUCCAACUGCCAUUUUAUACUUCUGUCUUUUUUAACUAACGACCUUCUCUGCUUCUCGUUUCUUAUGCGGAGAAUUAAAUCCUCACGGGGCUGAUCUAGAGAUGAGAGUAAGAGGGGAAGAGGGAGGAAAACAGAUGAGAGGCUGUUUUGUGUUCUCUGGGGAUAUUCGAAGGCGACAUGGUUGUUUGAUGCAUCCCAUGGUGCUUUUCUUCUGGACUGUGUCAGCCUCAGUGAAAAAAAAUGGGAGGGGGGGGGGCAGGAUAGGGGAUGGGACAGGGAGGAUGAGCAGCAGCAACAUUAUUAAAAAGAGGAACGGAAGAACUGUCAAAGCCGUGACAGACUCUGGGGAAUGAAGGCAAGUUUGAGAGUGAGGGAGAACAGGAGGGAGACGUCACGCUUUGGGAAAACAUAUGAACCAAGGAAGAGAGAGGGGGGGAGGAGACAGAACGUUUUUCUUUUGCUUCCUCUCUUUGCCUGCCUGAGAUUUUGAGGUAGACCGACGCCAAGAGAGAAAGCGCUGCCUCCCAACAGCGUGUCAUGCCUCUGCUGGAACACCGUUACAAGCCAAAACCAAGAGAGCAAGACUGACGAUGUUUAUGUUUAGUCUCUUGGCAAAAGUUGAUUUUAACAGAAACACAGUGAGUACAAUAAACACUCCCCCCCCUCUCUGCCCUAUCCCUUACUCUUGCUCUGCUCCACUGUACAGACCUGUACAGACCCGAGGGGUUUUUCGAACGACAGCAGUGACCUUCGCUGCUCUCCUGCUGCGUAAACAUCUGAGAGGAACUAAUGAACAAACGGAUGAUCGGCCAGACAGCGUCAGUCUCUGCUAAAGCACAAACUCCACUCCCUCCAGCUUUUUCGUGUGCUAAGAGAUGAAACAAAAAGAGAAGAGCGAAAGAUAACGAAAGAGCUUGAGAAGAGAUCGCUUUACUACAACUUUAAACAGAUUUUAUAAAACACAUCACAAUGAAUAAUGAUUUUUCUUCUUUUGAGAAAGCGAUGGUGCCAUCCUUGAGAUAUUUAAUUAUUGCUGAAACGUUACAUAGAGUAUAUCAUGGUAAUAUUAUUUAUCCAUUUAGAGUAUAUCCAAAUAGAUUUAUUUAUCUUUAUGGGGCGGGUUGAUUGGGAAAUCUUGUUGCUGUACUUUUUAUGUAUAAACUGUCUGUCUUUUCUUUUCAUUUUAGUUGAGUUUGAAGCAUUUGUCACUGUAGGUCCUGAUUAAUGACAUGCACGGUGUAGGAAGGGGAGAGAUUUCUGAGCUUUGAUAUAAAAAAAUGCUUUGAGGAUGUGCAGCUGAUUUUUUCAAACUUCUUUUGCAGCUCUUUAGAAUAACACUUCUUGUUACUUAUCUGAAUUUAAAAUGCAGUUACACCUUUAUGUGUUUUAUAGAGCCUUGAUUUUCUUCAAAAAUCAGCUGCGCAGCUUCAGGUAAUUAAGGCCUAUGAGCCAUUAGACAAAGGCAUGUUUACACAAUGCGGUGUUUCUUGAAUGAUCAAGCUGUGUAACUGAUCGUAGUUGCUCUCUAGGGACAGUUGUAGGUUGUUUGUUUUUUUCAUUUCAGUGGCUUUCGUUUUGCAUUUCUUUCCUGACUGGAUUUCAGCAUGCAUGCAUGGUGAGAGAAAAGAGAACGAUGUGCAAGAAACAGAAAAAGAUAAAGAUGACAGAGAGUGUUGCACCUUGAUUAUUGCAGACGAGUGAAAGAGUGGCAGACUGAAGGAAGUCACGCUGGGAAAAAGAUUGUAUUUCUGGACACAUACAGACAUGCACGAGUUUAUGAUGCAAAAGAUGGAGAGAACACACUGUGUGCCUACUGAACCAGAUAUAGAGACAGUUGGGUAUACUUUCGUUCCACCAGCAUGAUUUCCUCCUGUAACUCUGCGGGGAGGAGGCCCAGGUGACUGAGACAAGGGCACAAGAACAUAGCAGUUCAUGCCAAACUCACAAUUUGUCUGUUUAAGUCUUUUUGCAGAGGCCAUAAUCAGUUUACAGGUAAUUGUUACAGACCAACACUCUGUGCUUUCGCCAUUUAGGAGCAUCAAGUGAGCAUUUGCAAACUGAUCACCCCUACGGAGCUCUACAGUGCAGUGGCUUCUCUUUGAGACAUUUGGGCUUUGGUUCUAAAAGGGGCCAUUCUUGCACUAAUGCAACUUUCUCACUUUUCUUAUAUGAUCCUUUAAAUACAUACCAAAUGGCAGAUAAGCUGUAAGAAACACACAGCUACAUGCAUUCAUCCCCAUCCCGAAAAUGAGAGAAGAGAAGAUGGCAGAAUAACUAACAGCCAAAAAAGCUUUGUUUUUAAUGGGGUAAAGUCUGUUUUUAUGUCCUGGUGACAACUGGAAUUAGAGGUGAUUGACAUAAACCCUCAAAUAAGGCAUUAAAAGAUGGCUGCGAAGUGGAGACAUGCUUCAUAUGACAUACAUAUGACCCAGGGGCCAGAACUGGCAAAGACUCCAAUCCGGCCUCACUGCACAGCUUUGGAAAUUCUUAAGGAAGGCAUACAUUUUGGACUUUUAACAGCAUUUUAUUAGUUUUACAGCUUUACCUUCAUGGGCCCUUCAUACUACAAGAAAGUAUUUCAGUAAUGCAUAAAAAAUUUAAUUACAGAAAAGUUCCUGUAUAGACAAGAAACAAGAAACUUGUGACUUGGAUAAACUUUCAGAAUUGUAAUUAUGAACGAGUUAAUGAGCUACAGUGUAUUUUGUGUAUUUUCUACACAGUCAGCCUUUAACUUAUAUUUUAUGUUAAGUCAUAAAAACCAUGCAGAGUACAUAUAAAUGAUCACUGAUCAUUUUAAAAAGAAAAAUCAGUGCCACAAAAUGAUAUUGAAGCUAUAGUGGAAAUACUCUGGAUAUGACAUGAUGCUAAGUAAUGGCCCUAGAUCUGCAGUUGGCCUUUGAGCUUAAGCAGCAGCUCUAUUUUUACAUUCACUCUUACUUUUAUAAUCUCUGUGAUUCUUACAGGUGAUUAUCCCCAGAUUUAGUCUCUUCUGAGGAUGCCGAUGGGACUCGGUGAAAUCAGCGAAGUUUACUACAUGGACUAGGAGGGACAAAUGUGCUGACAGGCCAUGCCAGAAUGCCUAAGGGUUGAGCAACCUCUUGGCCUUCACUUACUGUGAGCGUGUACUUCUAGUGAAAGCUUAAAUGCUGACCUUGAGCUUAAAAGCCAAGCCAAUGUCCUGUACUAUAUGCAGCUCUGGCUGAAGAGUCACUGCACAGUACAGCGCUGAUCUAAUCCCUGCAGAGCACAGGUCAGUGCUGGUGUGAGGACUAUUUUUACUGAAUGGCGUGCACGCAUAUUCAACAUACACUCAUUCUGCUACGAAAACAAGCGAAUGCAAAAGUAGGAAGAGGAGUUUGAGCUCAGUUUAGAGCUCUUGGAUUCUGUCGUUAUGUCUGGUUUCAUUCAGGUCAGAAACACAAACAUGCACGCAGUGUGAGGAUGUGGAAGGCCAUAAACGUGUCCUGGUUUUCUUCGGUUUACAUUUAUCCAGAGUUCAUUAGCGACUUGCAGCCAGUCAGUGGGUCCAUCACGUUCCAAAAGUAAAAGCAGGCCUCAGUUCUUCCAGCAGUCCACUACUCUCCACCGUCUGCUUUUCUAUUUGUCAAUGUGAAAUGAAUUAUGCAAUUUAUUUUUUUUGGUUUUUUAUUUGCUUCUCUUUUUGACGUGUGGGUUCAUUUUGUUGUCUGUUGCUCUUUUCGUGCAGUGACAUAUCAAAAAAAAAAGAAAGAUGUUUUUUCUAUGUAACGGAACAAAAAAAACAACUAUAUGUGUAAAAUCAAGGGUAGAGUUCUGAAAUAUAAGACUAGCAGAAAAUAUGUUAUAUUUCCUCCCUUGCCAAAGUGAUAUGCAAAAUUUAAUUAAUUUUCAAAGAUUUUGUUUAUUUUAAAUGCAUGUGUAAUUGCUAGAGUAAGCAUGUUUCUAUGUUUUCUUCAACAGAAUCUUAAAAGAAAGGCUUUUUAAAGUCCAAAAUAUGGAAUGAAGCUAUUUUGUCUCGAUGCCAAGUGUGUAUAUAAUUUACCCAGUUUUCAGACACUACAGAGCCAGGCAGAGUAUACCAACUCAGUGAUGUUAAAACUACCUAUUACAUUUUAGCCAUUUGAAUUUCCAAAAGGCUAGAAAAACCACUGCAUAUGGUAAAUCUUCUAGUUCAAGAAAUUUGCACACCGAUAUAUAUCUUUAUAAUUAGUUGAGCUUUGUAAGCCAGUCGCUCAAAUGUUGUACUGUAAAAACCACAGGGUACACAGGAAUAUGAACGUACAGGUAAAAGACUGGCACCAUUUAGAUGUCAGAACAUUCCAGGGUUUAGCCUCCAGCACAAAGUGUAACUGACCUACAGUUUCCAGUGUUUUAGAGUUCGAUGAUUGAAUCCUCAGUGAAGCUCCCUAUGGACAACCUAUUCAGGAAAGAAAACUGGUGAACUUUUACACCAGUCUCUUUUUUAGUACAAAUACACAAAAGAUUGCUUUUAUAAAAACAGUAUGCAUGUCAGCAUACCUUCCAUUUUCAAUCGAACCUUGUACUGUAAAGCCCAACAAUGAAAAUUGUCCUCAAGCCUGAUUGUUUACCUGUUGGUGCUACUGAGGUUGGAUUUCAGAUACAUUGCCACAUUCCCUAAUGUCCAGCACACUACUGCCCACAAAUGUACCACAGAUCAGUGCAGGUCUCCUUAAAAAAAAAUCAAGCCGUUUCUCUUGACUGUUACUAACAGAUGGCCACGUGUGCAAAAGCAUACAGCCUGAUGACAUCAUUUCCCUAACUCUCCACUUACUUUACAAUGCAGAAAAGUAGCAAACAAAUUGAUUCCUCAGGAAACGCAGCCUGUAAAUGAGCUGUUUCAUUCAUUCACACAGAGCUCAUUGAACUUCUACAUAACUCUUUAUUCUGCUGCCAGAAAGACCUUAAAUUAACUUAAUCACAUUAUGUAGCCAAUUUUAAGGGCUAGUAGUGGCCUCUGAGCAAGUUUUGAAAAAUGCCCCUCUCACACAUUCAAGGGCUUCUUAGUACAAAUUGAAAAGUCAUGGAAAACAGAAAAGAAAAUUCAAACUAGGCAUGGACAAUGUGCACUCAUAGCCCAAGAUUAAUAUAGUAUCGUCAGUUAGGCAUUAAAAUCAUUUUUGCAUUUAAAUUAAAAAUUAGACAACUUGUGUCAAACGAAAAGCUUUUUACUCAGUUUAAUUAAAUGGAAAUGAAAGUUAUAAAACUCCUUUACCAGAUGUUCAGCUUCAUUUUAUUGUGAAACAAAAUGUUCCCUCUUCCUCCUCUGAGCUCUGGGCGAUGCUGGUGCUGCCACCCUACAAGGUGCAUAACACCCAUUUCAGGUUUCAGGAAUGCACCUCUCAGUUAUAAUUACUUCAUCUAAUUAGGCUGAGUGGUAGAUCCAGGCAGGAUGGAAUUUAACCAGUGCUGCCACCACCUACAGCAGUGGUCACAGUGCCAUUGAUGUGAUAUUACUACCUGGAAAGCUUCAGGUUGUUACAUUUGGUGGAAAAAAGGAGGUGCAGAACAAGUGGAACAUCAGUUCCACUCCCUUAUUUUCCAUCCUCCUGAUUAAGACCAGCAUUUCAUGAGCUCAGACCACGCUGUGUCUUUAAACCGAUGUUACAGUGAGAGGGAUGAAACCAGAAUUGUUGUGUUUUAGGGGAAUGGGGGAGCAAUGUCAAACAUGGCCAAUAUUUGGCAUCCAUUAGUGGUGAUCAAUAUUUAAAGGAUAACAGAUAUAGAAUAUAGAGAAUAUAGUUUAAAAAAUGCAGCCCUAGGCAAUCAUCAUUUGUAAGCUUAACCUUUGCAGUCAUCUGUGACAUCUCCAGAUGUAAAAAACAUGGACUGAAAAUAUGAACAAUGGACUACACGCUGAAACACGCUCACACUUGUAACCGUGAUCGGAGAACCUGUCGUUUCUGACUGCUGAUUUUACAAUGUACGUGACGGACCUUCGUUGAAGGUUCACUGUAUAUUUCUGACUGGUGUACUGUAUGUAAAGACUGAAUAAAACCUUGAAUGUUACAUCGAGCCUGAA